AUGUGGUCUCUUAUUGAAAAUCGUUCCAGAGAAAGACAGAUUUCGGUAAAAGCUCUCUAUGUGGGGUUAGUGCUUGUGGUUGCUGGCGCACUAGCUCGACUAGCCAGCGGUUUCGCUAUCGUAGCUUGUUCUCCUCUGAAUCUUGGUGAACAAUUCAUAGUUGUAUGGUCACUUUUUCCGAAAGGAACAGUCCAGGCUGCACUUGGACCAAAUCUUUUCACACUGGCUGAGAAGUACCCUCAAUUCAAACGAAGAAGAAGCAUCAUUCGUAUGUUUUGA